AUGAGCGUUAGGUGCAGCACAAAAUGUUUAGAGAUUUACGAGGCGAUACGCAAAGGCAAAAAAUACCGAUACAUUAUAUUUCGAAUUACUCCCGAUGCUGUAAUCGAUGUGGAAACUAUAGGACCCCGUGAUAAUGAUUAUAAACAGUUCAUGGAGGACCUAAUGCGCAAUGGAGCAAGUGAAUGUCGUUAUGGGCUCUUUGAUCUGGAAUACACCCGAGUCUGUGAAGUUACCAAACAGCAAAUGAAGAGAGAAAAGUUAGUGCUCCUUUCCUGGUGUCCCAGCAAUGCAAAGCCCAAAGGCAAAAUUCUCUACUUGAGCUUUCUGCAUCCGUUUAUGAAUCAGCUAAAGGGAAUUCAUUACUACAAAACGGUUGGCGAAUCAAUUGAGCUAUCACGCGAUGAAAUGGAGGGAUAUUUUCACUAA